AUGGCCUGCAAAGGAGGGCGAAACUACCUCAAAGAUCUGCGAAGUCUCUAUGUCAAUAUAGGGGAAUCAACCAAUGAGCAAGCGAGCAUUUCCUCCGUUUGUGCAGGCAAGCUUGAAGUCCUGCUCACUCCGAAUGAGGGUCCUUACGCGCAUGCAAUGUUCACUCUAGAGAUAUCCGCUUCUCAGGACUAUCCCCGUACUCCCCCUUACAUCCGCCUCCUUACACCCAUUUUUCAUCCCAACAUUUGCGCAUAUGGGGGCCAAAUUUGCAUGAGCAUGCUGGAUGACUGGAACAGUUGUUACAGUUUCCUCGACCUCAUCAAGGCGGUCCUCUUUCUUCUCGCCAAUCCAAACUUUGACAGCGCCAAUAACUCCUUUGGUUCCUUAUCCCCAGAGUACAGAAACAGAUUCGAUGAGGUGUGCAAGCAAUUUCUUGCCGGAUUUCCCAUCAAAGGCGAGGUCUACCCGGCGAACGAGAAGUGGUGCGAGUGGGCCCGUGCAAACAAUUGUUUUCCGGUGCCUAAGCGGGACCAGAGCGGCGAUGAACCUCAAACUCCCACUCAUUUGACUUCGGAUGUGACUGAGAUCACACCUCCCGACCUUCUACCCACACCCCUGGAUGGACAGUUGAAAGACAAAGUCGAAACAGAGCUGGAUCUGACACCUGACCACAGCAGCUUUUCAAUUCCUUCCACUUAUGUUCCCUCUGUCGCGCAUGUCCGCUACUCAAUCGGUGCCGACUCUACUCCAUUCGGCUCCAUCUACAGAUCUUGUGGCAGUCGGUCCUUGCAAACCUUGCGCAUCCUCCUGCACCAACAAGAAAACCGCAGGCCCCGUAUUUUCUAUUUUACCGACUUCCUGGGUUGUCCAUCGUGUCAGAACAACAGAGAACCAGUUUACUUUCCCCCUCAGGAUGACCUGGAAACCCCUGAGAAGACCAGCUGUUUCAUCGACUGGACUUUCUGUCCCCGUGACUUUUACUCAGGUGAAAGAUAUUCGAGCUACAGUUACACACCAUCUCUCAGUUGUAUAUCUACCCUAUUCCGUGAAGAGGAGGUUGCAACAAAUGCAUACGAACUGUUCCCCGGCUGUGGGAACUAUGUGCUCUGCGCC